AUGAUACUUAUCGAACCUGGAUUGAUUGAAAAAUUAAAACAAGAAAAUAAGGUUAAUAGUAGUUUAUCUCGAUUAGAUAUUGAAAUGCAAAAUAUUAUGAAUAGUAAGACGGAAGAUCGAAAGAAAUGGAUGUUAUAUUUACAAACACUACAAAGAUACCUUCAUUUUACCGAAGAGGAUCGUCAACCACUCAGAUUACUAAUUUAUUCUGAUACAUCUAAUGAAGAUUCAAACGAGUCUAAAAUUGGUUUUAAAAAUAAAGAUAGAGAUCUAAAAACUUCAGUUGAUGCUGAAUCUUUGUUGGAGGAGAAUCGAUCCAUCAAAAGUAAAGAAAAUGUUGAAAAUCCACUUUACACACCAGCUCAAAUACUCAGUUUAAUACCAAAAACUUAUAAUAAAAAAGGACAGUUAUUAUUAAACUUAGUUGAAACAAGUAAAGGUAAAAUACAUUGGGAUAAUGAAGGUACAGUCAUAAUUGAUAAUGAAAAAAUUCCUGGAAGUAAUAUUGUUGAUUUAAUAAAUGAUUCACUAAGACCCUUAAAAAGAAGUGAUCCAGUAGGGUGGGAUAGAUUUGCUGAAGCAUUAAAAGAUAUUAAAGUACCACUUACUUAUAUUGGUAAUCCAAAGAGAUGUGAGUUUAUUAACCAACUUCAAUCAAAAGAUCUGAACAAACCCUCUGAGAUUGAAUUUCAAGAGUUUUCUACACCGAGCAGUAGAGAUAAAAAGUCUACAACUAAAAUACGUAAAAGGCUUGAGUGGGAAAAAUGGACCCCGUACUAG